UGCAGGUUUCCCGGCACAUUUUUCUCCGCCUGGCAUCGACGGGACCGCUCGUUAGACGGCGAUACAAAAAAAUAAAAAAAACACCCUGAAAACAUGUGGAAAUAGCGAGAAAACAGGGGGACAGCUCUCACCGACGGCGACACGCGCUCCUUUCCUCUCCUCUCCCCCUCCUCCUCCUCCUCCUCUUAUGAGUUGUUGAAGAGGGAGGGCAGGGCAGCUCGUGCAUCUCAUCGUCUUCCUCAUCUGGCGUCGGGAGGGCACAGCCGUGUGCGAGCCAUGACUCUGAGCUCAGAGAUGUCGGAUGCCUCCAUCCUGUCAGAAGAGACCGACAUAGACGUGGUCGGCGAGGGGGAGGAUGGAGACAGCCAGACGCGCUCCUACGUGGACGAGGUGGCACAGAUGCGCGACGGCAUCCUGCUGUCCGGCUCUCCUCCUCCGUGCCUGGACGGCUCCACCUCCUCGAGGGACAGCUACAAGCCGGCGGGCAAGAACACCCUGGUGAAGCCCCCUUACUCCUACAUCGCCUUAAUCACCAUGUCCAUCCUGCAGAGCCCCAAAAAGAGGCUCACGCUCAGCGAGAUCUGCGACUUCAUCAGCAGCCGCUUCCCGUACUACCGGGAGAAGUUCCCGGCCUGGCAGAACUCCAUCCGGCACAACUUGUCCCUCAACGACUGCUUCGUGAAGAUCCCGAGGGAGCCCGGCAACCCGGGGAAGGGCAACUACUGGACCUUGGACCCGGAGUCGGCCGAUAUGUUCGACAACGGGAGCUUCCUGCGGAGGAGAAAGCGCUUCAAGCGGCCGCAGGCGCAGGACUUGCUGCGGGAGCACAACAGUUUUCUCCCUGCCGCUGCCGCGUACGGGUACGGACCGUACGGCUGCGGGGGAUACGGCAUCCAGCUCCAGUCCUACCACACGCACUCUGCACUUUUUGCGUUUCAGCAGCAGCAGCAGCACUCCAGGCAUUCGCACUCGCACACGGGGACCGUUAUCCCGGCGCCGUCUUUGAUGCCCACCAGCACGGACUUAGCCAGGAGUCGGUUUUAUCCCCAGCUCAGCUCCAGUCUGGGCUCAGCCAGCGUGCAGGCUGCGGCCCCGGUGCAGAAGUCCGGCUCCCCGGUGCAGCGGUCUCCCUUCUCCAUAGAGAGUAUCAUCGGGGGGUCGCUGAGCCCCUCCAGAACUUCUCCGGCCGUUAUCUCGGUCUUACCGUCCUCUUUGGGGCCUCCAGGGACCAGCCGGCCGCAGACCGUCCACCCCGGAGCCGUUUUACACCCGGUAGAAAACUUUCCGAACAGGGUCGUCAGCGGCACUAGCGACUGUUAAAUGUCUUAACAAGAAACUUUUUUUCAAGAAACUUUAAAAAAACGAGAAAGAAACAGCAACAAAACAAAAAAACGCCCCUCUUUGAAGGUAGGAUUAUUUUUGUAUGUUUGUUUGAUAGCACGCAGCUGAAUGAUGGACAUAACAAAACACUAUUUGUGCCUAUAUUCAUGCUGUUUAAAAAAGAAGAAGAUCUAUUUAUGUUCAUUGUUUUCGGUGUGAAUCAGACUUUUGACCACGAACUUUCUUGUAUUUUUACCAUGAAGUAAUUCGUUUCAGUCACUGUUUAGGGCGUCUCAGGAUAACGACUUAAUGGGCAGGUUAUAAAUGAUCACAUGUUUUGAAAAAUAGGCUAAUAAUGUAUUUGUGUCAAACACAUCCAUGUUUUUUUUCUCUUAUUAGAUUGGCAAAUCAAAACACUUUUUUAUGGUUUUGAUUUGAACUUUGUAUUGAAAAAAACAACAACACAGAGAGCAAAGUCAUACAUUUAUAAUAAUAUGCAGUGUGUGUUUAUUUCAGUAAUAAAACAUUGUACAUUUUUUGGCAAGUAUUGUGUAAUUGAAGUGUGAUAUUUUUACACAGUUUGUUUUUCAACAAGAAAUAAAUUUCUUUUUGCAAAAAAAAAAAAGGUAAUUUGUUUGGAAAUACAUUCAUUAAAUGACGCUGAGCUUGCUGGGCCUGCAUACUGCAACCCCAGGGCUAUAAUUAACAGGAUAUUAGGCUAAAUAAUAUUGCAAAAAAAACUUAAAAUGCAAGUGUUGAUGAUUUUAUCGUGUGUUUACAUUGAGAUGGUGCUAAUUGAUCAGCUGAUAUACAGGUGAACACCUGUAUGGCUUUGAGGUUUGGAAAGUUUAGAAAAGCGUGUGUGUGAGCCACAAAAAAAUAUAUAAUUUAUUCAUCUAUUUGUUUACGUGCUCAAACAGUUUGCUCAGAUGUUUGCACACUCUGAUGUCAGUGUGGGACAUGCGCACACGAGGCCUGCGUGUCACUCUCACCUCUCUCACACUCAUCCUCGUAAUUACGGUGAGCGGACUGGAAGGUGUGAGUUUGCCUGCUUCAUGUCGGUGAUUACACCGAUGUCGACAGCUGGUCAG